UUUGUCGUGCUGCGGCUGACUUUUUCUCUUACUCAUUACUUCUCACUCACAGCAUGACGACGCGCACAGAGACAAAGGCAGACGAGAUCGAACUGGGCGUCUACGGCGAGCCGCAGGCUGGCCCGUCGGUCCCCACCACACCAGGUAAUGGCUCGACAACGACCCUCGACGCAGCGACAGCGACGGGACGCGAGGUCGCCUCCCUCCCUCCUGUGAACGGCGGGCGCGCGGCGUGGUCCUUCCUCAUCGCGGCGACCGUCAUCGAGACGGUCAUCUUCGGCAUCCCGUUCUCCAUUGGCGUGCUGCACAAUUACUGGGCGACGCACAUGUUCCCCGGGGACGAGGCGACGCUUACCUUGGCGGCGACGCUGCAGACGGGGUUGAUUUACAUGACUAUUGCGAUCCUUGGGCCCAUCCUCACAGCCUUCCCACACCUAGGCCGCGCGUCCCAGAUCCUCGGCCUCAUAGUCUCCACGCUCGGCUUUAUCGCGUCCGCGUUCGUGACCUCGGCGCCACAGCUGAUCGGCACCAUGGGCGUCAUGUUCCCGUUCGCGAGCGCGCUGUACCUCCCCUGCGCGACGCUGCUCUUCGAGUGGUUCCACAAGCGGCGCGGCAUGGCCGGCGGCAUCCUGUACUCUGGCACCGGGCUCGGCGGGACCAUCAUGCCGUUCAUCAUGGACGCGCUGCUCACGCGGUUCGGGUACAAGGCGACGAUGAUCUCUGUCGGCGUGGCAUACUUUGUCCUCAACGCCAUCGGGCUGCUCUUCGUCCGCCGCCGUAUUCCUUUGCCAUCGCGCCGCGGGGCUGUCCGCCCGGCCCGCCAGCGCAUCGACUGGCAGGUCGCGCGCUCGUGGGCCUUCUGGUCGGGCUUUCUCGUCCUGUUCCUGUCGUCCCUGGGAAACUUCAACCCCACGCUCUGGAUGCCGACAUUCGCCGAUACUGUCGGCGCCACGAAGCCGGGCGGUGUGGCCCUCGUGUCCAUCAUGAAUGCCGCCUCCGUCCCCGGCCUCCUCAUCACAGGCUGGCUCUCAGACCGCUUCCCAGCCAAGGUCAUCGUCUUUUUCAACUGUCUCAUCGGCGCACUCGCCGCCCUCCUCCCCUGGGGGCUGGGCACGUCCUCGGCGCCGCUCAUCGUCUUCUCCAUCGUGUGGGGCCUCACUGCGCUGUCCUUCUCCUCGCUCUGGACGCCGCUCAUCACGCGGAUCUGUCAGGACGACCCCGCGCUCCCCGGCGUCAUCUUCGCAGUGUUUGCCUUCCUCCGCGGCAUUGGCAACUUCACCUCCGGCCCCGUGUCCACCCAGCUGCUUAAGAGCGGUGGCUUCAAGGGCGCUGUUGGCGCGUACGGCUCGACAAACUUUGGGCCAGUUUUGGUCUACACCGCUGUGACAGUGUUCGCGGCUGCUAUCGCCGGCGCCUUCUUCCCAGCUUAGGUCACUCUACAGGCAUGCAUCAUCUCAGGGGUGCCCUCA